GCAGCCGAGGAGAAGCUCAAGAAGCUUCAGCAGAUGGCCAGGAAGAUCGAGGCCUCGAAUCAGGAGGAAGGGGUUGUUCCACAUAUGAUGGCAGCCCCGGUAGAGCCACCUCGGCGACCUAUUGCGACCCCUGCCCGUGGGACGGAUGUGCUAGUACGACCAGUGUCUACGGAUGCACAGCCUCAAUCCCAAGACCUGUGGGAGGAAGCUUUGCCUGCUGGGUCUAAGGCCACUGAUGGUCUUGAGGAACCUGCUUCCAUGAAUGCGGAACCUAAGGCCUCCGCUGAGACAGGUCAGUUGGAGGAAACCGAAAGUGCCAGACCCAAUGGACCCGUGGAGCCCGAACAUCCAACAACCUUCGCUGAAGCACACAUGGGCAGUGACUCAGACGAUGAGUUGGUUAUGGAAUGCGAUUGUGAUUUUCAUGAACUUCGUGAGCUUCUUCACGCCAGCCUGGUCAAGGAGGAGAUAGCUGCACCGCUGACGCCCACAGAGGCUUUCAAUCAGCGGAUGGAGAUUGUUAUCCGCAACAUCAAGGAGGGGAAAGUCGUCAUCGAUAGUGGCUACUACACGGAGGCGACAAUGAAAUCAGAACUGAACUUCGACAAGGACCGAAUAAAGGCCAUCGUGAAGUACUGCACCGCCUCGAAAGCCAGGAGGAAGGCCUUGACAAGGAAAGACAAGUACCAAUCCCACAUCGUCGAGUAUUGGGUGGAUGUUCGCACCAGUGGGAGCUUGUCCCGGAGCACAAAGGAAGAGUUUAACCAAUUCGUCGAGGUCAUCGACAGCAAUGCAUCGUUGCCGGCACCAACGUUGGGUGACGAAGCUCUCCCAUGCUACGACGAGGACAAUGACGACGAGGACGACUCAGAGGAUGAAGACGACGAAGUCAAUGUUGAGGAUAAGACCCCCAGCACAAAGCGCAGGAGACCCAAGAAGAGAGGGAAGAAAACCCCCAGCCCCAAGAGCAAGCUGUUGGCCAAACAGAAGAAAGAGAAGCAGGAGAAGGAGGAAGCAGUGGAAAGUGCUUUGGAGGCCAAUUGUGUCAUCAAACUGAUCCCAGCAAUUUUAAUUCCCUGUCUAUUUUAG